GUCACAUGCACGCGCUUCGAAAGAGAGAUUAAACUUCGCUUAUUACAAAUAUGAGCGCGUGAAUCGGGCUGUUCGUUUACUUAAAACACUCAAAAUCACCGACUCAGAUCUCUCGAUCUGAAUGUUAGAUGCCGGGAAUGUUUAUUGCAAGUCAUGUUUUGUCAUAGUAAACAGAAAAAAACCAGGAAAUAAACAGCUUUAAGUGCAGCAUUUCACCGUGCAAAAUAAAGGCGAUAAACGCGUGAAAAUGGUCUUGGAGAACAUGUUUUUGUCUUUACUCUCAGUGCUGUGGACAGAUGCAAGGAUCGUUUUUCUGUUGUUUGUCAUCUUUCUGCUGAUCUCAGAGCAGCUGAGAAACAGAAAGCCUAGAAACUAUCCCCCUGGACCUACACCUCUCCCCUUUAUUGGGAAUAUUUACAACCUGGAUACUACACAACCACAUAUUCAAUUAACCAAGUUGUCAGACCAAUAUGGCAACAUUUUCAGCUUACGUCUGGGAAGCUUAAACACUGUUGUUGUGAAUACCUACGGCAUAGUCAAGAAAGUUCUUGCCGAUCAAGCAGACAUUUUCACAGGCCGCCCCACCAAUGAUGUACUCAAAAGAAUAAUCAAGUGCCAAGGUGUGACCUUUAAUAAUGGAUACAGCUGGAAGCAACAGAGGCGUUUCACUGUAAAUACUCUUAAAUACUUUGGUGUGGGAAAGAGGAGCCUGGAAGUCAUCAUCAUGGAAGAGUACAAUUUCCUGCACCAGAGUAUCAUGGAUACAAAUGGGCUGCCAUUCGACCCUCAUUACUUUAUUAACAAUGCUGUUUCCAACGUCAUCUGCUCCAUGGUAUUUGGCAGGAGGUUUGAAUACACUGACCAAAGGUUUCUGAAUAUGCUCGGUCCGAUAUCUAAAGCCCUUAAACUACAAACGUCUGUGUGGAUACAGCUUUACAGUAUUUUCCCUUGGGUUAUGGACCUUCUCCCAGGACCUCAUAAAAGCCUGUUUUCAUGCUUCCAUCAAGUUUGUGCUUUUAUUAAGGAAGAGGUGGACAAGCAUUAUGCAGACUGGACCCCCUCCUCACCCAGAGAUUUUAUAGACUGCUAUCUCACUGAGAUCCAAAAGAGGAAAGAUCAUUUGGAAGCAGGGUUUCAUGAAGAGGGUCUGCAGUAUGCCGUACUUGAUUUGUUUGUGGCAGGGACUGAAACCACAUCUACCACUCUACUGUGGGCCUUCGUAUACAUGAUGAAAUACCCAGAAAUCCAAGAAAAGGUUCAGGAAGAAAUAGACAAGGUAGUCGGAAGGUCGCGUCAACCCAUCAUGAAUGACAGAUCUAGCAUGCCAUACACCGAUGCCGUUAUUCAUGAAGUCCAGAGAAUGGGCAAUGUUGUGCCCCUUAGUGUGCCAAGAAUGACCAAUGAAGACACAAUAUUGGAAGGAUAUUUCAUUCCAAAGGGUACACAGAUCAUUCCUAACCUGACAUCAGUACUGUUUGAUCAGACCAAGUGGAAGACUCCUCAUUCAUUUGACCCACAGAAUUUUCUAAACACUCAAGGCGAGUUUGAAAAACCUGAAGCUUUUAUUCCUUUCUCGGCAGGAAAACGCUCUUGUCCAGGAGAAACACUUGCACGUAUGGAGCUCUUUCUCUUCUUCACAUCAUUUCUACAAUCCUACACUCUGUCUCCUCCAGAGGGAACCCAAACAAGCUUGGAAUUCAAAUUUGGGAUUACACUCUCCCCAAAGACAUUUACAACAUGUUUCACUCCUCGUUGAUUGAUUUAUACAUUUUCAAAAUGAUCUAUAACCAAUUUAAACAGCAGCGUCUAAUAGACAAAUAAACCUGCUAGCCUGUUUAACAAAUGAAUUUUAUUUAAUCCAUGAAACCACACAAUCAUAACAUCAAACAACAAUUAAAAGUGAGGAAGCUGAGUAAAACAGUAAUAUUAUAAGUUUUGUAAAAUUAAGUAAUAUAAAACAUUAAUAUUAUGUAAAGAAUUUUAAUAUAUGUUGCAUACGAGACAUGUCAUGGGCAACUAAUGGAAAAAUGUUGCUAUUCAUAAGAAAGUAGAUGCUAGUCCUUUUGUUUUUUGGACAACUUCUCAGCCCUGAACAUUAAAAUGACUUCAGUA